CACGUGAUUUUCAGUGGCGCUGUGAGUGAAGCUUUGUGUCGUGACACUUUCUUCGACUCUCAGGGCUCGUUGUGUCCAGUCGAUUUUUAAAGAAACUUGACAAAAGUGUUUUUGUCAGGCAGGAAACUUUAGUAUCAUCAUGCCGGCGCAGAUCAUCAGCGGGAAGGAGGUUUCUGCGAAGCUGAGGGGUCAGCUGAAGAAGGAGGUGGAACAGAUGAAGCUUCAGAACCCAAACUUCAAACCCAGUCUAGUGGUGAUACAGGUUGGAGACCGCGAGGAUUCAAAACUAUACAUCAGUGUGAAGAUGAAGGCAGCUGCUGAGAUUGGAAUAAAUGCCACUCACAUGAGACUUCCUGCGACUGCAACAGAAGAGGAGAUUCUUCACAAUAUCCGAGAGGUGAACAAGAACUCGUCGGUCCACGGCCUCAUCGUCCAGCUGCCACUCGACUCCGUUCACAAGAUCAACACAGAGAAGGUCACUAACGCUGUGGCACCAGAAAAGGAUAUAGAUGGGAUUACAAGUGUCAAUGCAGGGAUGUUGUCUCGCGGGGAUCUGGGUAGCUGCUUCCUACCCUGCACACCAAAUGGCUGCAUGGAGCUGAUCAGACAGACAGGGGUGUCUGUGGAAGGGAAGAGAGCUGUCGUGAUUGGUCGCAGCAAGAUUGUGGGCGCGCCAAUGCAUGACCUGUUGCUGUGGAACCACGCCACCGUCACCACCUGUCACUCAAAGACUGCAGACCUUCCUGGCGAGGUGAGCAAAGCGGACAUCCUUGUGGUCGGCAUUGGGAAAGCUGAAAUGGUAAAAGGCGAAUGGAUCAAGAAGGGAGCGGUGGUCAUCGACUGUGGGAUCAAUUACGUUCCAGACGACACUAAAGCCAGUGGGAAGCGGGUGGUUGGUGAUGUUCACUACGACUCCGCCAAAGAGCAAGCGGGGUUCAUUACUCCUGUUCCGGGUGGAGUCGGGCCCAUGACUGUCGCCAUGCUGAUGGCGAACACAGUGUUGAGUGCAAAGCGUUUUCUGGAACUCCAUCAAUUCGGGAAGUGGAACAUUUCUUACCCCAAAUUAAACCUCCAGAUGCCUGUGCCCAGUGACAUCGUGAUUUCUCGAUCCUGCAUACCUAAACCCAUUGACUGCUUAGUGAAGGAGGUGGGCCUGCUCUCUGAUGAGGUAGAGCUCUACGGCAAGACCAAGGCCAAAGUUCAACUGGAUGUCAUGAAACGCCUGCAGGCCCAGCCCGACGGAAAAUACGUGGUGGUCACUGGAAUUACUCCCACACCUCUCGGGGAGGGAAAGAGCACCACCACCAUUGGCCUGGCCCAGGCUCUGGGUGCCCACAUGAAGCUGAAUGUGUUUGCUUGUGUCCGCCAGCCCUCUCAGGGACCCACCUUUGGCAUUAAAGGUGGUGCUGCAGGAGGUGGAUAUUCUCAGGUUAUUCCAAUGGAAGAGUUCAAUCUCCAUCUCACAGGUGACAUUCAUGCCAUCACUGCUGCGAACAACUUGGUGGCUGCUGCCAUCGAUGCUCGCAUGUUCCACGAGUCCACGCAGUCUGAUAAGGCUUUGUUCAACCGUUUGGUUCCCAUCAGCAAAGGCCAGAGACAGUUCUCACCCAUCCAGAUCAACAGACUUAAAAAACUUGGCAUUGAGAAGACUGAGCCAUCGUCCCUGACUGAAGAAGAGAUCACCCGCUUUGCCCGCCUGGACAUUGACCCUACCACCAUCACCUGGCAACGAGUGAUCGACACGAACGACAGAUUCCUGAGGAAGAUCACGAUCGGGCAGUCACCAACUGAAAAGGGUUACACUCGAGAGGCCCAGUUUGACAUCACAGUGGCGAGUGAAAUCAUGGCGGUGCUCGCCCUCACCAGCAGCUUGGAGGACAUGCGCGAGCGUCUGGCCAAGAUGGUCGUGGCCACCAGCCGCAGUGGGCAGCCAGUCACCACUGAGGACCUGGGUGUGAGUGGAGCGCUAACUGUGCUCAUGAAGGAUGCCAUCAAGCCAAACCUGAUGCAGACUCUGGAGGGAACCCCGGUGUUUGUCCACGCCGGCCCCUUCGCCAACAUUGCUCACGGCAACUCUUCCAUCCUGGCUGAUAAAAUAGCUUUGAAGCUGGUUGGAUCUGAGGGGUUUGUAGUGACGGAGGCGGGCUUUGGAGCAGACAUCGGCAUGGAGAAAUUCUUCAACAUCAAGUGCCGCUACUCAGGACUGAGGCCUCAUGUGGUGGUUUUAGUGGCUACAGUUCGAGCCCUGAAGAUGCACGGAGGAGGUCCGACGGUCACAGCUGGCAUGCCGUUACCUAAGGAGUAUGUGGAGGAGAACCUGGACCUGCUGGAGAAGGGCUGUAGCAACAUGAGGAAGCAGAUCGAGAACGCCAAAGCAUUUGGCGUUCCCGUGGUCGUGGCUGUCAACGCGUUUAAGACGGACACAGAGGCUGAGCUGGAUUUGAUCUGCCGCGUGGCCAAAGCAGCCGGCGCCUUCGACGCCGUGAGCUGCUCCCACUGGGCUGAGGGUGGGGCCGGUGCCGUGGCCCUGGGUCAGACCGUCCAAAGGGCCUCUGAGAGUCCUGCUGACUUUAAGUUCCUCUACGAUUUGGAGCUCCCCAUCACUGACAAGAUUCGAAUAAUUGCUCAGAAGAUAUACGGGGCGGACAACAUCGAGCUACUUCCAGAGGCCCAACACAAGGUGGUGCUCUACACCAAACAGGGUUUCAACAACCUGCCCAUCUGCAUGGCAAAGACUCACCUCUCACUUUCUCACGACCCAGAAAAAAAGGGCGUUCCCACAGGGUUCGUCGUCCCUAUCAGGGACAUCCGAGCCAGUGUGGGCGCCGGCUUCCUCUUCCCUCUGGUUGGCAUGAUGCCCACAAUUCCUGGUCUGCCCACCAGGCCCUGUUUCUAUGACAUUGACCUUGACCCUGAGACUGAACAGGUCAACGGGCUCUUCUGAAGCACGACUCUGCACAGUGUCCUGUUGGACUUCUGGUGCUGAAUGAAAUGUGACGGGAUAACGACUGGAAGCUGCUGUGGAUUAUUUUACCUUUUUUUUUUAAAUGAGAAACAUCAUUGACAUUUGGUAGAAGUUCAUCAGUAAGGAUGCAUAACAGAGGCGUCGAUGAGCACAGACAUGACACAGGUGUUCAGUGAAACAUUCCAGAAAGUCGAAACAGUCAACAAGAACACAUUUUACUAUUUAGAUGAAUCACUUAAAAUCAUUAUAAACGGGUAAUUGUCAAGGGUAACGUCUUUCUGUUCCUCCCAUUUCAAAACCGUAAAAUUAAUACACUUUGUGAUCGACUCUUUACUGAGCAUCACUUUUACUUUUUGAUGAAACUUAAAAAAAUGAACUUUUUUUUUUUCUAAAUUUGCGUUCUUUGUGUACCACAAACUUGUUUCACUUUUUCUAUUAACUGAAUAGAACGUAUGUUAUUAAUGAAGAUGCAAAACAUUAACCGUAUCUACACCACAUAGACCACAUGUGUAACACUGGAGAAACUGCUUAUGUCCCGUAUACACACAGUACAUGAGGACGUUCACACGGUAAACGGGGUUAAAUUGUUCUGUAAUCAGUAUGAUGCUGUAGAAUUAUUGAUGCUGUAAAUUUUCUGUGUGAACCUCAAAUAAAACGUCCUUUAUUCAAAGAA